AUGCUUUUGCUGCUUUCCCUGCUUCUGCUUCUGCUCGAGCUGGCUGCCAUGCCACUGCCGGCAGCCUCUGAGGCACUGCCCGGCUGCCCCUCAUCGUGCGGCGCCGUCGAUAUCCCGUACCCGUUCGGUAUCGGCCGCAACUGCUCCAUCAACGACAGCUUCACCCUCGACUGCAACCGCACACAUGACGGCACCGGCGAGGUGCCUUUCCAAGGGGACGUCGAGAUUGCGGAGAUCUUCCUGGCGCAGGGCCGCGCCCGGCUGCUGAACCAAAUCUCCUCCCAGUGCUACGACCCCACCACCGACUCCAUCUCCCGCAACUUCUGGUACCUCCAAAUGGCCGACGCCUACACCUUCUCCGACACCCUCAACAAGUUCACCGUCCUUGGUUGCCAGACCCUGGCCUACAUCGAAGGCGACAAGGGCAGUACGGAAGGCGUCGGCGGAUACCAGACCGGCUGCGUGGCGGUAUGCCACAGCGAGGGAAGCCUGAGCAACGACACCUGCGCCGGCAUCGGGUGCUGCCAGACGGCCAUCCCUAGGGGGCUUCAGUACUACGAGGUGUCCUUCGACGCCGACUUCAACACUUCACAUAUCUACAACUUCACCCGCUGCAGCUACGCAGUGCUGAUGGAGGCAGAGGCGUUCCAGUUCCGGUCGUCCUUCAUCACCACGGACGACUUCCUGGCGAUCAACAGCGGCCGAGGAGUGCCACUGAUGUUGGACUGGACGGUCGAGACGGAGACGUGCGCGCAGGCCAGGCGCAACGCGAGCUCCUACGCGUGCAAGAGCGACAACAGCGAGUGCCUGGACUCUGUCAACGGCAAGGGCUACCUCUGCAAUUGCACCGGCGGCUACAAAGGGAAUCCUUAUCUCCCAAAUGGAUGCCAAGAUAUCGACGAGUGCGCCGGCGAGGAAGAUAGGAAGCCGUGCACGGGGAUCUGCCGAAACUUGCCGGGCAAGUACGAGUGCUUUUGCCCGCGGGGGAGCCACGGCAACCCCAUCAACGGAACAUGCUUGCCGAGAGCAACGUUCCCCUUAGCCGCGACGUUGACGAUAUCAAAUGGCUCCGCCAUUGAGCAAGAAAGAAAAACCUGA